AUGGACGCCAUCGACAGGAUCAAGACGACGCUCGAGAUGCUGGAGAAGAAGGAGUCGCUCAUGGCGAGAAAGAUCGCGGAGGAGCUGGCGAACGCGCGCGAGGCGAAUCGACAGGGAAACAAACGACGAGCGCUGCAGCACCUGAAGAAGAAAAAAUUGUACGAAGCGCAGUUAGACGCGCUGGCGACGUCGCAGUUGAAGCUGCAGGAACAGGUGAUCAUGCUGGAGGGAUCGAAGGCGACGAGCGAGACGUACGGAGCGCUGCGAAGCGGGGCGGACGCGAUGCGAAGGAUGGUCAAGGAGACGAAGAUCGAGGACGUCGACGCGACGAUGGAUGCGAUCAGCGAACAGACGGAACAGAUGCGGCAGGUGCAGGAGGCGUUGGGACAACCGGUGGGGUUCGCGGCGGAGUUGGACGAGGACGAGCUGGAGGAGGAGUUGGCCGAGUUGGACGCGUUGGACGUCGAAGACAAAUUACUCGAUUCCGAGCUCGCCCGGGAGUUGGAGGAAGAACCCGCGAUGCCGAGCGUGCCGUUGCCGUCCGUGCCGGCGCCCGCGAUCGCCGCGGACGAAGAAGCCGAACUCAAGGCGCUGCAAGCCGAGAUGGAACUCUUGUGA